GCCAAACAAUGGAAUAACCGUCAACAAAAAUGGAGUUGACAUUGAUAACAGAUUUGUUGUUCCUCACAAUGUCGACUUGGUAGUUAAAUAUCAAGCUCACAUAAAUGUAGAGAAGGUUAAUCAUGAUGGCAUGCACAAAUAUCUUUUCAAGUAUGUCACAAAAGGAUUUGAUUCUGCCAGAACUAAAAUCCAUUCAAAUUCUGGAUCAUCCAAUUCAUCAAGUGAAACAGUCAAUGAAAUAGAAAAUUAUCUAGAAUGUCGUUGUACUACACCAAAUGAGGUUGCUUGGCGCUUGCUAGAGUAUGAUAUUCACUAUGCAGACCCUUCCGUAGGAAGACUUCCAGUUCAUCUUCCAUUUGAGAAUAAUGUAAUUUACUCAGAAGAUGAUGACCUUGAAGAAGUGAUUGAAAAUCCAAGGAAUAUGACGACUAAGUUGACUGCAGGUUAGAAGCUAAUAUGCAACACCCUCUGGCUAAACAAUAUACCUACAUAGAAUUUCCUGAAUAUUUUACAUGGCACUCCAACUCAAAUGGCAAAUACUGGGAUUAUCGUUGUGGUUCUAGAAGAAUUGGCAGAAUUGCUUAUGUCAACCCUUACCAAGGGGACCUUCAGUAUCUACGUUUGUUGCUCAACAUUGUCAAAGGUCCAACCUCCUUCCCUCAAAUCAGAACUAUAAAUGGCCAUGAAUAUCCUACAUUUCGUGCUGCAUGUGAGGCUUUAGGUCUCCUUGGUGAUGAUGAAGAAUGGUCCAAUGCCUUAAAAGAUGCCGCUCAAUGGGCUAUGCCUUACCAGUUACGCCAACUGUUUGUCACAGUUUUGCUCUUUUGUGAGGUAACAAAUCCUAGAAAACUUUUUGAUGACCAUGCAUAAAAAAUGUCUGAAGAUGCAGCCCAUCAAUUGAGUCAGAAUCGUGUUCAAGCUAGCAAUCCCUUGGCCGAUAUAUAUAUUUCAUCUUAUCUUUUGAAUGAAUUGGAUAAAUUGCUAAAAGAUGCAGGAUAUUGUUUAUCCCGUUUUAAUUUGCCGCUACCUGAUGACACUACUAAUAUUUCUGGACAAAAUAGGCUACUACUAGAUGAGCUCAAUUAUGAUGUGCCUGCUAUGACUGCCACUUUACAUGACAACCUUUCAAUGCUGAACAACAACCAGAAAGAUGUUUUUGAUGCUAUUUACAAUUCUAUGAUGAAUGCUGAAGGUCAAACAUUUUUUGUUUAUGGAUAUGGAGGAACUGGAAAAACUUUCUUAUGGACUACUUUGCUUAAUUCUGUAAGAAGCAAAGGGAAAAUUGCAUUAGCAGUUGCAUCAUCAGGAAUUGCUUCCCUACUGCUACCAUGGGGUCGAACCCCCCAUUCCUGUUUUAAAAUUCCUUUAGACAUUUCUCAGAGUUCCAUGUGUAGUAUAAAGAAAAAUACACACUUAGCAGAACUUAUCCAAAAAACUUCUCUUAUUGUAUGGGAUGAGGCCCCUGCUAAUCAUAGAUAUUGUUUUGAAGCAUUGGACCGUACACUUAGAGAUAUAUUAUCAGAAAUAAGGCAAAAUGCAGAAAAUAAGCAAUUUGGUGGUAUAACUGUUGUGCUUGGUGGAGAUUUUAGGCAAACACUUCCAGUAAUACACAAUGCAACAAAAGCCCAAAUUCUAAGGUCAUGCAUUGUUAAUUCUUAUUUAUGGAGACAAUGUAAGCUUCUCGAGUUAACUGAAAAUAUGAGGCUCAAGUCAGGAAAUCUCUCCACCUUAGAAAGAGAGGAGCUAAGUAAUUUUGCUGAAUGGCUUCUUAGGGUGGGCAAUGGAACAGAACCGAUUGUUUCUGUCCCAAAUGAUUCCAGUAACUCAUUUAUAAAGAUUCCAGAGUCUUUGCUUCUAUCGUCAGAUUGUAGGAACCUUGAUGGAUUGAUAUCAUUUGUCUAUGACUUAGGUUCUGAGCCAGCAAAUAUUUCAUCAUAUUUGUGUCAACGUGCAAUUUUAGCACCUACAAAUGAGGUGGUUUCAGAUAUAAAUACCCGAAUAAUUGCUCAGCUAAAAACGACUGAAAUGUCUUACUAUAGUUCUGAUUCAAUUGACGAUAGCACUGCUAAUCAUUCCACUCUUGAAGCAUUAUACCCAAUAGAGUUUCUAAACACAAUUCCGAUGCCCGGACUUCCUGACCAUAAGUUGCACUUGAAGAUUGGUGUUCCAAUUAUGCUUUUCCGCAAUCUUGAUCCAUCAAGGGGACUUUGUAAUGGUACUAGGCUGAUUGUCACCCAAUUGACAAAUCAUGUGAUUGAAGGUGAAAUCAUAACAGGGAAGGCUACAGGUUCAAAAGAAUAUUACAUCAAUGGAAUCCACUACAGCCCUUAA